GCCAGGACCGUGCUCAGGCUGUCUCUCAGCCUCCUCUCCGUGUCUCCCACAACCUGCCCGUGUUCCUCUGCGCUGGCCGUCCAACGGGCUUCUCUCGCACGUUCAUUCUCUCUACACGUUCCCCGAAGCCUCGAGGUUGAGCCAUGUUCAGCUUCCGCCGCAAGUCGCGCAAGUCAGAGGCCGACCACGACGGUCCCCCGUUCGUCCGCCACUCGCCUUCGCUCCCAGAGCUCACCGCGCAAGGCAUACCAUGGCCCGAGCACCUCGUCGACCUCUCCGCCGUGCCGGAUGCUGCACAGCAACAAACUCCCCCAAAAGGUGCGGCCAAGACAGUCUUUGACACCGAAGUACAGGGUCCCAUUCCAUUCCAUGUGCCAUGGUCGUCUCCAGGCAAACCUGCAGGCGGGCCCAUUUCCUCAUUGUAUAUGUCGACAACACCACCACCGCCCUCUGCAUACGAGACUCGCAAGUUAUCUCAUUCGCGCCCAAAGCUCAGCUUGCGUAAGGCGCGCGCCCCAACGACGUUCAACAUCAUGGUGGCUGGAAGUCAAGGAACAGGCAAGACGUCUUUGCUCCGGCUGCUACUCGACACCGCCGACAUCUCACCCACGGCCACGCCCGAGCAGAGGACUGCCAUGGAGCACUUCCUCCGCGGCACCCCGAAGCGAACAGACUCGAUACAAUCGACGUGCAUCGAAAUAUGCGAAUCUCGAUACGAUCGUGUACUGCUCUCGGUGAUCGACACGCCCGGCCUCGACUUCCAGGAGGGCCACGAGCUCAAGCUGGAGCGGCAAGUCUCCACGGUGGUGAAAUACAUGGACACGCAGUUCUCGGACACACUUAGCGAGGAAUCAAAAGUCAUCCGGCAGAGCAAAGGAGAUCAGCACAUCCAUCUAUGCAUCUACAUGAUCGAUCCGAAGUCAAUCAUAACCACAUCCCUGCGGCGCGCCCUUUCCUCACUUCCGGUAAAGUCGCGCUCCGAAGCGACCAUAUCCAAGCAGACCAACCCGCCGGACCUCUCCUUCUCUGACUCGACUUCUGAAGAUGAAGACGAGGAGGCAGACGCGGACCUCAAGAUGUCGCCCGCAGACAUCCGUGUCAUCCGCCGCCUCAGCACGCGUGCCAACGUGCUUCCCGUCCUCGCACGCGCAGACUCGCUCACGGACGACACGCUCGCGGAGAUGAAGCGCGUCGUGCGCCGCGACCUCCUCGAAGCGGGCCUCGACUUUGGCGUGUUCGGUCCUAUCAACCCCGAGACACCCACGACCGCGAAGCCUGGGACGAACGGGGACAGCACCGCGACUGGAAACGGGAACGGACACGGAAACGGAAAUGGGAAUGGCAAGCGCCAGGGGUCGAAUGACACUGAAGAGAGCGAGCCGGAGGAGGACCCAGAGGAGCGGCGCUCGCGCCCCGUGAUCAAGCUUCGCGGCACACGCGGGGGCACAAGCAGCAGGGCGCGGUCGCAGUCGCGGUCGCGGGUGACGCUCUCCGAGCUCGCAGCGCGGGAGCGCGCGGAGCCCGACGCGACGGACGUGGACAGCGUCGCGAGCGUGCGCUUUUCCGCGAGCGUCGUAGUGAAGAGCGACUUCGCGGGCAUCCUCCCGUUCGCGCUGAUCAGCCCCGAGCGCGUCAAGCGCCGCCGCACAGUGAAGCCGUCCCUCACGCCGCUCGACCAGCAGUCGAUGCAGACGGACACGGACACGGGCUCGGGCGUGGCGCCCUCUGAGGAUGGGCACGCACAGUCCGUGGCGGACUCGGCGUAUACGUCGCCGACGACCCCGUCCACGCCGAGCUCGGUCACCAAGCACUUCCCGUACCUGGCGGGCCCGCCGGCCGACUUGAGGGGCGUGUUCAUCAGGAAGUUCAGGUGGGGGACGGUGGACGUGUUGAAUCCGCAACAUUGUGAUUUCGCCGCGAUGCGCACGGCGGUGCUGUCUACGUAUAUGAAGAUGCUGAAGAUCCGCACGAAUGAAGUCCUGUAUGAGAAGUUCAGGACGGAAAAGCUGCUGGCGAGGCGUGCGACGGCGAAUAUCAGCGAGCACGAGACGCGCAAGCUGCUGAAAGACUUGGGUCUUUGAUCCUGGUCGCUUCCGUCGAUGUUGUCCUCUUCAUUAUCUCUGGGUUUGCUCUGCUUCAUAUAUCGUAAUGCUUCAUCACUGUCUGGAGAUACCUAAGUCUUCUGUCGACCCUGCCAUAUUCCUAACAUUAUGCCUUCACGUUAACUGUGCAUUUGUCGAGCGAUACCCAUGGUGCUCCCAAUGUCCCACUAGUCGUCACUCAUUCUUACUGUUUCUCUAUUGCUGGAUUGUGUGGAAGUGUGGAAUCAAUGCGAUGUGCAGUUAUUUCCAGUGCCUUCCCACUGCAAUUCUGGGUC